UCAAGCUGGGGGCGGCAUCUCUUGCAUCGCAGUCUUCGUUCGAGGUGGCGGUUCGCUAUGGCAUGGUAAUUGCGACUAUUACACUCCCUAGCUUCUCCCCGCCAUUGUGACCAUACCGCCAUUGUGGCCUUACCGCCAUUGUGACCUUUCCGCCAUUGUGACCCUACAUUUUUGCCCUUCGCCGCGCAGGCACAUCCUGCAAGCCUCCUCGCCACACUCGCAGGAGGACAAACACUACUCACAAUCAGCGAUGAAAGCGUGAAGCCAGCUUUUCCACGGGUCACAGAAUGGAGCCGCGCUGGCCCGCGCCGGCGGCUGGCAGCGGCUUCCCUCCCAGUCAUCAAAUCCAAAGACGCUCCGCGCACGUUAAAAUAAGGUCCUCGUUCUCCCGCCAUUUUCACCACAGCCAGUUACUUCUCCCCCUCCUUCUCACCUCCAUCCUCCUCCCAGUCGCUCUCUUCGCCGCCCCGGCAGCAGCGCAAUCCCCGCCGUAUUCCACGCUAGGCGUGCCGGUCGGUAUCGUCGCAGGCGGCGUGUACGACGCUCUGACGGGCGACGUGAAGAACGUCGCGUGGCAGCUGAACCUUCGCACGCGACGCGAGAUCGGGUCCGUCGGGAGGGCAGAUAACGACACCUCCGCGUGGCUCAUGGACUGUAGCGUCGCUACGGACGGAACUGCUUACCUCACAUCCGGCGGCGCGCAUCUCAACGUCGUGCGCUACACGACAGACGGGCCAGUGGCGCAGCCGCCCGUGAAUCUUCCGACCGGGUUCACGAGCAUUGUAACGGUGCUCGGGGGACCUUCCGAGAAUCUCCUCGUCGUUGCGGAUGGGGGGGAGUCAGCAGGAGGGGCGGUUUGGGUGGAUAGGGCUCAGGGAACGGUUGUAAGGCUGGUUGGAUCGGGUUACCAGUGCACGUCGGCGACAUUCUGCUCUUCGCCAACGGUGUCGCCGACUGAUUUCCUCGUCCUGACCUGCCACGUCACCGCGGACGAUUCUGACGUGGUCGUUACCGUUCCCAUCGACUCUACAACGGGUACAUUCCAGACCGGCGUGGAGGCGGUGAAGUACUUUUCAGCGCCAUUCGCGGCGCGACAGGCGGCGUGUUCUCCGGGAGGCGGCUUCUUAGCGCUACUUAGAUACGACUCUAACAUCCUCUAUACCUACGCGCUUCCGCUCGCUGGGUCCGCGCUUCCCGCGUCUCCGCUUUCGACAACUACUCUUACCGCGGGGACAUCCUCGUCUAUAGUCAUCGACUCCACUUAUAAGAACGUCUUCGUUACAAGCACGUCGUCGUACAAGACGGGCGGCAACGGGCAGAGCUACCUCGGCACGCUGGACACCGUGCCUUAUACCGAUACCGCCGGGUGCGCUAAUACCGCGUCUGCCGGCGCGUUUCAGUUCUUGACGGCCGGUACUUACGCGCGCUUAGCGCUCUACCCCGGAAGCCCGUUGAACGCUCCAGUGGUGCUAAUGGCGAUCUGGGAGGGGGUCUACUCCUUAAAACUAGCAGCGGACGGCGCGGUUGAGUCCGAUACAGCUAGCUUUAUUAAUCUAGGCGCGACUGAGUCGGGUAAUGGAUUCUAUGCUACUGCCGUGUGCGUGCAGAAAUUUGUAGCGUCGCCGUCUCCCCCGCCGCCCCCGCCGCCUUCCCCUCCGCCCAGUCCUCCCCCUCCGCCGUCUCCGCCUAAGCCUCCUUCCCCGCCCAAGCCGCCCUCCCCCCCGAAGCCUCCCCCAAGCCCGCCAAAGCCGCCGUCGCCUCCGCCACCGCCACCCCCUUCCCCGCCGCCUUCUCCGCCGCCUCCGCCGUCCCCGCCCCCUAGUCCCCCGCCCCCCCCAAGUCCCCCCCCUAGCCCUCCACCAAAGCCGCCCCCGCGCCCUCCCCCAAACCCGCCCCCGUCACCACCACCCCGCCCGCCCCCGAGACCUCCCCCAAGUCCGCCCCCAUCACCACCACCGCGCCCUCCGCCCCGCCCACCCCCGCGACCGCCCAAGAGCCCUCCACCAAAGCCACCUCCGCGCCCGCCCCCAAAACCCCCAAGCCCCCCGCGACCGCCUAAGAAGAGGAGAAAGGCGCUGGAAGUAAGGGUGGGGGGAGGAGCGGAAGGAAUGGAGAUGCGUAGUUGGUCAAAGGCGCCCCCACUCCCCGCAGUGGCAGCGGGAGAGAGCGAAAAGUGGACUCUGCUUCCGUUACAGUCACCAGGAUUGGAAUGAUCUUCACUUCAAAGCCUAGCACCACUGCUUAAAGCGAUUUUUUUAUUUAGUUUUUGGAAAGCUGUGAACACAGCCACCACCCUUCAUAUGUGUGUUGAUGUGGACCUGAUUCCAUGCUUAGCAGAUUUAUGCACGGAAUGUUAUUGAUGCAGAGCCGAACCUUGAUGCAGUUAUUGUUUUAUUUCAUUCAACCAGAA